CAUCUGCGGAGAUAACCCACCGGCCCUGCCGUUUUCAGUCGCCUGCGUCCUCAUACCUCCCUCUCUCCGCUUUGUUGGCGGAGUUUAUGCGGCUCCGCUUCGCUCCUCCUCCAGUUUGCCAUCUGUACUCAGAGCUCUGUGCGUCUACAGGUUGAGCGUCUCCAGGAUUGGUUUAAAACAAUCGCAACAGGUUACAAGUGCGUUAAUGAAUCCGAGAGCGUUCUCGAGUGGGCGAAAUGUAGGAACAACAUAACUUAUUAAACCAGCGUUAACGUUUCAGUCAUCACCUAUUUGGAUUGGCUCAUUUAUAUUAGUGUGAAACUCUGCGCGAAAGUUCAUCAUGGUUUCGUUGCUGGAUUUAAGCGCUCUUGUUCUGUCGCUCGUUUGGGGAUAUUGCGUCCUGGCGGAGACGGUCUUUACAAACUUUACUCUGGACAACGAGGUCCACUCUAGUUUCAUCCACCGGCGCUUGAAGAGCCAGGAGCGCCGGGAGAUGCAGCGGGAGAUCCUGUCAAUCCUCGGGUUACCGCACCGGCCGCGUCCGCACCUCCACGGCAAGCACAACGCCGCGCCGAUGUUCAUGCUGGAUCUGUACAAUGCCAUGUCCACUGAGGGAGAGGAGGAGGGCUUCUCGUACCCCUACAAGCCCGUUUUCACCACUCAGGGACCGCCGAUCGCGACCCUUCAGGACAACAACUUUCUGAACAACGCGGACAUGGUCAUGAGCUUUGUUAAUCUAGGAACCCGAUGCUGCGAUUCCGUCUGCCCUGGCUUUCGUUCAGCGCUGCCGUCGCACCUGGGAGAGAGUCAGGGAGGUUUUGGUCCGAACCUCAGGACGAACCAAAGCAGCAGCCGAUCGCCGCCGGUCCUCUCCCCCAACCUAUGUGUGUGGCCAACGGGUAUGGCUUUCUACCAAGGAUCUGCCUCUCCGGGUGCCUUCUCGGAAGCUGGCACCCAGAUUCAUUGGGCCAUGCCGUGUCACCAAGGUGGUUAAUCCGGUGGCUGUCAGGCUCAAGCUCCCUCCCGCUUUUGGUCAGGUUCACCCUGUGUUUCAUGUCUCUAGGGUUAAACCUGUGUUUUCUUCUCCUCUUAACCCUGCCGGCGAUCGUCCCGA